UCCAUUUUUCUUGUGUUGGCAGGGCCAUUGAUCAACAGGUUUUCUUUCUGAUUACAACUCUUACUUCGUUGAUGCAAGUGAAGUACUCAUUUGCAGACGUGUCUGCAUUUGAGAAACACAAGGUCAUCAUCCCCAUCUUGAUGGUUGCUCUAGUCAUAUAUGGCAUAUCAUGGGCCAUUGAAGUUAAACUCAGAGCUAAUGAGUCAAAUUACCAAACAAUUGCGGGCAAUAUCCGUCUAUUAUCCAGCUCCCUUGUGAUAGUGUUGUUAAUAUUGAUGCUUGUUCCUUAUUUUGGAUGGAUGCUUUUGACCUCAUGGGCUCUUCUUUUUAUCUGGGUAGCAUGGAAGUCAUAUAAAGAGAUGUAUCAAUUGCUGCUUCAAGCAUUCAAUGGAUUGAAGAAGCUAACUUGGGAUAUGAGACAUCGCAUGCUUAAAAAAUCAAAUCAAUUACCUGUGGUUGUAAAAGAAUUAGCACACAACUCCACUGUAGAUGAAGGCAAGGGUUUAGAAGUUGCAGCUCUUCCUUCACCAUGAUUUUUAUCGCCAGAGGCAAUUUUGUGUGGUUUGAAGCAGGAUUUCAAUAAUGAUGGACUUGAAUUUUUGAGAUUUUUGUAAGAUUAAUAAGUGAAAACUGAUGAUGAGAUGUGCAUCUUUUACCCUAUUUGUUUUUGAAUGAACUUCUAUUAAUAUAUUUUCAUCAUU